AUGUUCACAUCCACAUGGGUUACUGCUCGUUUGAAGGGUUCAGAUUGCUGGCCGAUAACUAUCUUGGGGUUAAAGAGCAUCCCUCGUUUAAGUGCAUUGAGGAUUGGUUGGCAGAGAGGGGUUCCCGUCACGCCGGCGGAAGUCGCUCAACAGCUGAUGAAAUCCGACGACCCUCAAGUUUCUCUCGACGGACUCGUCGAAUUUUUCAGCAACGAGACUCACACCAUUCAAAUCGGUGGUUUUAUUGGUUUCUCCUUUAUUCGAUCAAGACUAGAGCAAUAA